AUCACCUUUUUUUGGGCUGAAUCUUCAUAUUUUGGAGUAUUUUUUAGCUUAAUCUUAACUUUUUGCAGUUUGGGGUGGCGAGGGUCUUCUUACUAUUUCUGAGGGGCUUUUCGCGUGAAUCUUGUUAGUGGUUUGGGUUUUUCUGGGCUGAAUCUUGGUGUUUUGGAGGUUUUUAUGGUCACAGGAUGCCCGGUGAGUUCUAGAGAUGGACUUGGGCAGGAGGAACCCCCAAGCCAACAUGCUCAGCCCUUGUUUUCCCCCCCUCCAUCAGGAUUUCUCCUUCCCAAAGCUUGGGCAGAUGAAGGAGGCUGUGAGGAAGAGGAAGAUGCCACGGGCCCCCCAGGCAGGCCCCGAGCUGAGGACGGAGGGCACGGAGGACAAAUCCCCCCGGCAGAGCCUGGUGGGAGAGGCCGUUUUGAAGGGCUCCCCGGCGCAGGAAGGCAGCAGGGAGGAAAAGGGCCGGAGAUCCCCCCGCAGGAGGGGCUCCAAAGCCAGCCCAGGGUGCUCUGAGGAGGAAAGAGCCAGCCUGUGCCGGGAAGGCGGCCGGAGCUUGAGGCAGAGCUCUGACCUGGUGGUCCCUGAGCAGCCUCCCAGCAGGGAGAAGCCCUUCAGAUGCUUGGAAUGUGGGAAGAGCUUCAGGAAGAGCUUCAGCCUCAUCCGACACCAGCACAUGCACACUGGGGCACGUCCCUACACGUGUAGGGAAUGUGGGAAGAGCUUCAGCCAGAGCUCCAACCUCUGCACCCACCAGCUCACCCACACUGGGGAACGGCCCUACACAUGUAGGGAAUGUGGGAAGAGCUUCAGCCAUAGCUCAACCCUCCGCAUCCACCAGCACAUCCACACUGGAGAAUGUCCGUACACGUGUGGGGAAUGUGGGAAAAGCUUCAGUGACAACUCCACCCUCCGCAAACACCAUCGUAUCCACACUGGGGAACGGCCCUACAAGUGCUUGGAUUGUGGGAAGAGGUUUCGGACCAGAGAGAAUCUCCUCAGGCAUGAGCGAACACACACGGAUGAGAGGCCCUUCCGCUGCACCGACUGCAGGAAGAGCUUCAACCAGAACUCCCACCUCAUCAGGCACCGGCGCAUCCACACCGGGGAGAGGCCCUACAAGUGUGGGGAGUGUGGGAAGAGCUUCACCCAGAGCUUUAACUUGAUCUCACACCAACGGACCCACCGGUAAGAGAAGCCCUUGAGUGCAGGAAGAGCUUCAGUCAAUGAACCCCCUGAUUUGGAGGCAACCCCUGGAGUCCAGUGACUGUCAGUU